UUUACCCGGAAACCACGGCUGCCGGAGCUCAAGUCUACCCGUGUUGCCGCGGCGGGAGUCUGGCUGGCCUCUCGUCCUCCCGUGGGCCCCGCUGAGCCGGACGCUGCCCCGGCGCGGCGGGGAGGAUGGUGCCGAGCGGGCCCGGGCCCGCCGCGCGCCGCCGAGAGUGAGCCCUGCGCGGCCGCGGGCGUCCGCCGAGCAGCUGGCCCGACCGGGCCUGGGGUGCGCCGCUGCCCACCGGGGCGGGGUGGAGCUCAUCAGAAUAAUGUUCAACAUCAACCCCCUGGAGAACCUGAAGGUGUACAUCAGCAGUCGGCCUCCCCUGGUGGUCUUUAUGAUCAGUGUGAGUGCCAUGGCAAUAGCUUUCUUGACCUUGGGCUAUUUCUUCAAAAUCAAGGAGAUUAAAUCACCAGAAAUGGCAGAGGAUUGGAAUACUUUUCUGCUACGAUUUAAUGAUUUGGACUUGUGUGUAUCAGAGAAUGAAACGUUAAAGCAUCUCACGAAUGACACCACAACUCCAGAAAGCACAAUGACCAGCGGGCAGGCCAGAGCAUCCACACAGUCCCCCCAGGCCCUGGAGGAUUCAGGCCCAGUUAACAUCUCAGUGGCAAUCACCCUAACCCUGGAUCCACUGAAACCCUUUGGAGGGUACUCUCGCAACGUCACUCAUCUGUACUCAACCAUAUUAGGGCAUCAGAUUGGACUCUCAGGCCGAGAAGCCCACGAGGAGAUAAACAUUACCUUUACCCUGCCUACAGCUUGGAGCUCGGAUGACUGUGCUCUCCAUGGUCACUGUGAGCAGGUGGUGUUCACAGCCUGUAUGACCCUCACGGCCACCCCCGGUGUGUUCCCUGUCACCGUACAGCCACCGCACUGUGUUCCUGACACAUACAGCAACGCCACGCUCUGGUACAAGAUCUUCACAACUGCCAGAGAUGCCAACACAAAAUACGCUCAAGAUUACAAUCCUUUCUGGUGUUAUAAAGGGGCCAUUGGAAAAGUCUAUCAUGCUUUAAAUCCCAAGCUUACGGUUAUCGUUCCAGAUGAUGACCGUUCAUUAAUAAACUUGCAUCUCAUGCACACCAGUUACUUCCUCUUCGUGAUGGUGAUAACAAUGUUUUGCUAUGCUGUUAUCAAAGGCAGACCCAGCAAACUGCGUCAGAGCAAUCCCGAAUUUUGUCCUGAGAAGGUGGCUUUGGCUGAAGCCUAAUCCCACAGCUCCUUGUUUUCUGAGAGAGACUAAGAGAACCAUAAUCAUUGCCUGCUGAACCCAGCCCGGGCCUGGACACUCUGUGAAUACAUUAUCUUGCAAUGUUGGGUUAUUCCAGCCAAAGACAUUUCAAGUGCCUGUAACUGAUUUGUACAUAUUUAUAAAAAUCUAUUCGGAAAUUGGUCCAAUGAUGCACGUGCUUUGCACUGGGUGCAGCCAGAACCCUUCAGCCUCACCUGUGGACUUGUGGACCAUGUAGUGCUGGAGAGAAUUCAUGGAUCUUGCUGCAUUAAAGCAGGGCAUGAUGUUUUUACCAAGGUCACAGGUGCGUUUCAUUGCUGGUGGGGUUGAGGUUUGGUUUGGUUCUUGUUUCAGCCUGAUAUGUAUAGAAUGUUUGAAACAGUCUGCACCUUUGAUAUGAUAUUGCAUUUCCAAAGCCACCAAUCCAUUUUGUGGAUUUUAUGUGUCUGUGGCUUAAUAAUCAUAGUAACAACAAUAAUACCUUUUUCUCCAUUUUGCUUGCAAGGAAACAUACCUAAGUUGUUUUUUUUUUUCUUUUUGAAGAAAAAAUAAAAUAGUCACAUUUUAAUACUACUCUAGUUAGGACAGACUUGUGCUUUUAUCCUCAGUAAAAAGUAAAAUAUUUAAAAGUCACCUACAUGGUAAAGAUCUAAGUUUCAUUUUCCACAUGGAUGCAAGGAACCUGGUCUUGUUCGAGUUGGCACAAAAUGUUCUACUGUCUUUGUCCUCUGUUGCCCCCUUGCCUCUCUCAUAAAAGUUAAAGCAGUUCCCUCACUCAAAGGGGCUUGAAAAUGAAGUGAAUGGCUCUAGAGUAGAGUAACAAUCAGCUGUUCUUCUACUUUUGGGAAUGCAGAUGACCGUAUGGAAAGAGAGAAUGAUUUGGUCUAAUAGUCAUGAAAGGAUUUCUUGGUUUUUUUAAAGAGUGAGUGUAUUUUCUUCUUUUUGGAUUUAUGUUUAUGCAACUAACAUAUCUUCAGAAGGAAAAUGGCAACUAAUAGAUCAAUAACAUCAUGAAAAUGAUGCCUGUGAAAUUUGAAGAAAUGCAAUUCCGAUUGGCCAUUUUUUAGGGAAAACCAAAAGCAUUUUUCUUACAACAUUUUGAUCAUCCAGUUCCUCUGCCCCUUUUUCCUUAUAAUCCAUCAUUUUAAAGAAAUUGUGCAUUGUCUUCCCCAAUGUUUUCUUGUUACUAGUAUUCUUACUGUUUUUCUUAAUAACUUUUUGCCUUAAUAAGUUAUUGUCAUUAAUGACUUUUCCCAGGCAGUGUUACAGCAGAAGGGCAAUUAAAACCUUGGACAUGCCUAUGAGCACUUCUUUUCCUUAACUUGAGGUUUGUAGUCUGUUCUAAAUUAGAAUUAGUUACUACAGUCUGAAAUACAUUGGCCUAGAACAUUUUAUCCCAGGCAUUCUUGAAUGGAGAACAACUGUGGGCUUUUACUGACGCUUGUUAAAGUAAUCACUGUAGUAACUUGAUAUGUUUGUAUUCCUUUUAGUAUAUUUCAAGUACAGUAAUCAUACCUGUCUAUCCAGUUUUUUUUUUGUGAUAUGAGUUGCUUACAUGAUGCAUGGCUCUCUUGUUAAUUUAGUUUUCUCUUUAGAGACUUGGAGACCCUUAUGAGACAAGGUUGAGAAAGAGCCAUUUGGCUUGGCCUUUAGAAACAUCAGUGUCAUUAGGACCAUCAGAUUAUAGAUUAAGCUGCUACUGAAUUAAUCAAAUCUCAAGUGGAGCUAUACGGAUAGAUUUAUAACUGGCAGAGUAAUAUAAAAUGAACAAAGAGAAGUGAAAAAAGUCAGUUUCACUGGUUUGCUCAAUCCAGCUUGUUGCUAAUAUUAAUCACCCUAGUUUUAAUUACAGGCAAUGGCUGGAAUCUGUAGCCAGGGGAAGAGGGACACUGUUAGGCAUGAGGAAAGGAAGUGCCAAAAAUACCUGGACAAUAUGACUUGUCCCGAGGCCAGGACACACAACACACACUUUAAAAUCCAACAUUCACCUAGCAGGUAAUUCUCAGAGAUCUUUUAGAAACACAGAGUCAAUCAGGUGUAUGAAGGAAGGCUGGGGAAGAGAGGCGGCCAUGGGACCUGGGCGAAGAGGCCUGUUACUUGGAGAGACUUCCGCUGAAUCUCAGGAAGUCCAGGGGACCUGAUCCUCACCUAUAGCUUGCUGGUGGACCUCAGGAUUAGAAGAGUGUCACAGAUGGGCCCGUUUGCCAUUCGGGGUGGCCCCGCGCAGGAGCACUGGCUCGUCCUCAGGCAUCUUGGACUAGAGGUCCAAUAAAAGGUCAGCAACUUACUAUUAAAAUGGUUGUUUCAGAUCAUAUUGAUCUCUUUCCUUUUUCCUUUUGUCCUUUCACUGUAUGACUUGAAUCAGUUUUGAUUCUAUUUGUAAGUUUCUCUCAUCGUUAGGAACCUGCCAUUUCUUUUGCAUUUUCUUUGGCAGUGCGUAGGGGUUCAGUAUCCUGGUUUUUCAACCCUCCUGCAGGCACUGUGGGGUUACGAGGGCCAGUGGAUCCAUUUCACUUUCUUGCUGCAUGAUGGUCAGUAGCUGAUCUGUUAUGGCAUUCACUCCCAGAUUAAUUUUCUGUGUUUGAAAAUGUGCAUAUGUGCUUUACAGAAUAAAACAUCUGAAUUUA